AUGCGAGGUAAGGUGACUCUUUGCUUAUUGGUAGUCUGGUUGCAGAAGGGCUCCCUCAAGCGUCUUGUUCUGGCCAUAAAAUGCGCAAAAACCGAUGAGGUUCUUGAGCGCUGGCAGUUCAAUGUCAUCAAGGAGGAAGACGCUCUUGAAAAGUAAGAUCCUUCUUAGCAUCUUACUUUUUCAGAAAUCUCCCACCGAAGACCACUGAACAGGUCAGCGCCGAGCUUGGCGCUAUUGUCCGUCAAAUUGUCACCUCAACCACAUUCCUGCCGACACUUUCAACAUCUUGUAAGGAAUUCUAACAUCUUUAGUUUCAUUUUAUAUGACCUGCCGGUAUGGGGUAUUUGUCAUUGUUGGCGUAAUUUUGGACGUCGAUAGCCCGAAGUACUCCUUUCCCCCAACCCUUCCCUAUUACCAAUCCGCUACAUGUAUUGUCUGCCUUACUCACAAGGAUAUCAAGGCUCCCUUGUUUUCGGAAAUGUUUGCAUGACAUGCUGUGUAGGACAUUAGCCCUCUUGUCGAGGCAUAUUCCGUCGAGUUCUCAUAAUGCUAGUGAAUAUGGUAGAUACAUCUCCCUCUCGCAGUGUUGGGUUCGAAUUAAUUUUUGUCUGUUUCAGCAGUGUACUUUUGGCUGCCCAGUCCUCUUGCUUUUUCUGUCUGCUGUAAGCGUUCACUUGACUCGACAUUGCGUUCUUGUCUGAACUCCUUCACUCUGCCUUUUUCUAGCGUUGUGCCCACGUGUUGGUUUCCACAGGGUGUUAUACUUCGCCUGAGCUGACAUAGUGCUCCAAUAAGUUUGUUCGAACGUCCUGUAAUGGUAUUAAAUCCGACCAGGUGAAAUUCGAUUUAAUCGAAAUGACUUUAUUCCGAGUUUAGCUGGUAAACGCCUAGUCUCUUGUAUUUACAAGAGGGCCAUUUUUACUCUCGACGUCAGUGGCCGUCUUUGCUAGAAGAAGUAUAAGGGGAUAACACUUUCUGUUCUUAUUCUUUGCCAUCUCCACAAUCCUUUGGUAUAACUUUACGUAUGUCGUGCUGGUCGACAGCAUGUUAUCUUGUAUUCUCUUUCCCUUUGCUGUUCGUUGUUAUUCUCACUAAUUCCAAGCUUGCUCUGACCUUUAUACUUAACGUCCCCACAUUGCUUUUGUUUUACGAACCUGUACAUACAUAUCAAGCAACUGUUUUCAUCACGCUCGAUCCUUCUUGUUUGAUCAGUUUUUGUUUAGAAUUUCCGAACGUCUCCCAUUUAUUGUGCACUUAAAAUUGUUUCAGGCACCUUCGAUCUGCUUGUUUACACUGACAAAAAUACCGAUAUUCCAGACGGAUGGGGUGAGACAGGACCACGGUUUGUUUCAAAUUCUACAGAAGUUCCUCUGCGCUCUUUUUCGACGCGCAUCCACAAGGUCGAGUCUAUUGUCUCCUAUCGAGUUUCAUGA